UUACGACGCUUUCGGAGAAAUUCGACUAAUUUCACUUCAAUGAUUUCAUUCCACAAAUUCCACAACGAUACCACACAGCCUGUAAACUCAUCUCAUUCAACUUCAUUCCAAACCAUCUCUCCAACAUUUCACGUGAAUUUUCGUGUUCUAUUUUCUCUGUUUUUCCGCGAUUUACAAGCAAAAGACUCCCCAAUGGUUGGCGGCAGGAAAAAGAAGGCUGUGGAAGAUAAAAAGAAUGAGCCAGAACCGAAGAAAGGGCGCUUUCCCGGCGUGAAGAAAUUGGAACUUCCCCUACCGGAGAGACCGAAAGUGAAGGGAAAUGUUCUGGCGUGCGGGCAGAAUGAUGUGGGACAGUUGGGUCUUGGAGAAGAUGUUCAGGAGAAAACUCGUCCGGCUCUUGUGGGUGGAUUGAAGAAUGUCGUAGAUGUACGUGCUGGCGGGAUGCAUUCGCUCUGUCUAACGGCUACAGGAGAAGUAUGGUCAUUCGGAUGCAAUGACGAGGGAGCCCUGGGGCGUGAUACAUCCGAGGAGGGUUCAGAAAUGAUUCCCGGACGUGUUAAAUUGCCGGAGAAGUGCUUAAAAAUCUCCGCCGGAGAUUCCCAUUCAGCGUGCCUUCUGGAAAGUGGACACGUAUACGCGUGGGGUUCAUUUAGGGAUUCCCACGGUAGUAUGGGCCUCACACUCGAGGGCAAUAAGCGUGAACCCAUCGCCCUUCUGCCUGAUGUGCUUGUCGCAGACAUCGCCUCCGGGGCUGAUCAUCUGGUCAUCCUCGCAAGUGAAGGGAAAAUCUACACGGUGGGUUGUGCCGAGCAGGGACAACUCGGCCGUGUGUCGAACCGAACGGCAUCCGGGGAAUCACGUCGCGGGAAGAAGGACUUGCUGAUGCCCGAGGCUGUGGUAUCACUCAAAACUAGACUCAUUGAGGCUAUAUGGACAACAAAUUUUGCCACUUUCUACCAGGACCAUGCAACAAAGGGCAUUUAUGCUUUCGGUCUGAACAACUACAAUCAACUGGCUAUGCCCGAAAAGUUGCGAAAAAGGACGUUGCUUUACACUCCAACUCGCACAGAGAUUAGCAAUGUGAAAGACUUGAGUGGCGGACAGCAUCAUACACUGGUUGUUAAAGAUGAUAAUCAGUGUCAUGUGAUUGGGCGCAAGGAAUACGGAAGACUUGGGUUGGGUGAAAAGACGGACGAUGCAGUAGAAUUGACACAAAUCACUGAGCUGCAAAAGUAUUCAAUUGCUGCCGUCAGCUGUGGCGAUUCUCAGAGCUUUGCCCUCACCACGGACGGGAAGGUCUUUGGCUGGGGCAUGGGGAGCAGCCAUCAGCUCGGCUUGGGCUCAGACACGGACGUUUUUGUGCCCACCCAGCUAACCGGGCAACAGGUGUUGGGUAAGAAAGUCCUACGGGUGGAUAGUGGAGGGCAACACACAAUCUUCCUCGUUGAGGAUUCCACUGCCAAGGCGUCAGGAGACACCGCAAGUGUGCCAGUCGAGAAGCGCAAUGGCACAGCUGAGGGCUCCAAGGCAAAAAAGGGUAGCAAGAAGUAGGAAAGGUAUCACGAAUUAUAAUUUAAUUUUCCUUUUUGAGUUUUUUUGUUCAAUAAUUUUCUCUAUCAAAUAUGAAGUUUGAUUUUUUUCUUUCCCGAAUUAUUAAGUCAUUAUUUCCCAAAGUGUGAAAUAAAAAAAAAACGUAGUUAAACUGCCUUUGGGCGAAAA